AUGCCAAUGAACUUCAGGCUCCCCGCCCUAGACGUGUCCGGCGACUUGCCAGUCGACGAAGUGAACCCAAGUCAUGUUUACGAGUCCCUCAGGUUUGAUCAGCCACAGGCGUUCGGUCUAGGAUCCUCCACGGAAGCCGCCGUGUAUCCACCGUAUGUCUUCAACAUGAGCAUCGCUGACGGCGGGCAUAUAUACAACGUAUACGACACAGAUGUACUGGAGUUAUAUGGCGUGCAAGGCAUCAUCACGGACACGUCGGCCCCAGAACCGCCCCGAGUCGAGUCUAUGCAUAAUGUCAACAUGUCCGGUCCAGCCGCUAUUUCACUGCCGCAUCAGCCUGACACAGCGCAAGUGGCCGAGACGCACCCUUUGCCCGACAACACCCAGGAAUUUCCAUCGGGAAAGGGUCACGUAUCACUGGCAGAGCCCGAGCCCGCAACCGACGAUGCGACACACAUGACGUGCAUGUGGGAUGGGUGCGGCGCCCGUAUUCGGCUCACGAAACUCGCGAUCAAGGCGCACAUUAGGCAGACCCACCUCAAGAACGCGCGGUCCUUCGUGGACAAGGACAAAGUCAAGAUAUGCUGCGAGUGGGACGGAUGCAGCCUCGAGGUGACCAACUUUUGGAGGCACGUAUACGAGCGACACACCCAUGUUGGCACGCGCAAGGUGCCGUGCGAGCAAUGCACGGAGGUGUUUACGCGGCCGGGGUCUCUGCGCAGACAUCGCCAGAGGUACCCGGCGUGUGCCCACCCUGAAGCCACGGCGUAG